CGCACGCGCCCGGCGCACUAUUUCAUUUCUAACUCUUUCCGGUUGGUCCCGGCCGCACACCGCCCCGGACACCCGGCCGCCAACCCGGGGGUUGUGACAGUCGGCCGACCAAGAUUAAGCCUCUCCGGGUCGAACCUCAACCCCCGAGCCAAGCACCAUCGGCCGGCGCCACCGCCGCGCCACCACCCGCGCCGCCACCGCCCUAUAUACACCGCCGCCGCCCUCUGUUACGCCGCCGCGACUUUUACCGGCCCGACGAGUUAAGCUCCGAGUCCCGGGGCAUAAGCCAAACGCGAACCGGAUACGUCACUCGUACAUAAUACACGCAACAAUUCGAUUAUUUUUACGCGGGCGCCGCUCGAGAUAUUUUUUCCGUUUUUCGCGUUUUCAUUGUUUUACCUCAUCGUGUCUCCGCGCCUUCGUGUCCCGUGUUGGUUUUUCCGGGUUUUCCAGACCUGUGAUUUUCGAUUUCAUGCAUAGUAUAUACCUACUUAUCUACCGCACAGCCCGCACGCUACUCCGGCAGUGUAUAAUAUAAGGCUAGGCACCUUUAGGUGCCAGUUUUUCCAGUUUUUCUUUAUUUUAUAUCGUGAUAAACGAACGCGUUUGCUGCACAUAUAGUUUACUUAUUAUAGUAAAUUAUCGUUAAUAUUAUUAUAUAAUACCGUUCCAGUUACGAUAUUUGUGUACAUAAUAUUAUACCAUACAAGACUAAAAAUGAACCUAACCACAACUGAUGCAGAUCGGUCAUUCAUUUCAAUACAACAAUCUGCACAACCAAUUUUUUCAUUAUCUGAUCCAAGGAUGGGCAGUAUCCAUUUAAAUGCCGACAGUGACAAUCGAGACACGGACUCAAGUUAUUCCAUGAGGGACAGGCCGCUGUCGCUCUGCAUGUCAGCCGCUUGUGCCGCCCAACAGGUACCGGUGUCCGCGUCCAGAACGCCGCCGACUUCGGGCGCCACGACCGCGGGACAUUACGCGUCGGCGGGUGGCCAAGCCGUAGCCAAGACCAAGACACUGGGACUGACUUGCGUCGUGUGCGGCGAUACGUCAAGCGGAAAGCACUAUGGCAUAUUAGCGUGCAACGGUUGCAGCGGGUUCUUCAAGCGGAGCGUCCGCCGCAAACUCAUCUACAGAUGUCAAGCGGGAACCGGGAGUUGCGUAGUGGACAAGGCGCAUCGUAACCAAUGUCAGGCGUGCAGGCUGAAGAAAUGUCUCAACAUGGGCAUGAAUAAGGACGCUGUUCAAAAUGAACGUCAGCCAAGAAACACGGCAACCAUACGUCCGGAAAAUCUAGCUGACAUGGACCACGAACGAGUGAUUCGAGAAGCGGCUGUGGCAGUUGGAGUGUUUGGGCCAUGUCUUUACAGACCCCCGGUUUCAGUGGCGUUAGCGUUAUCUCCUCUGAGGUAUCAUCCCAACGGACCCAUGGCACCGCCAAGCAUACAUCAACGGCCCGCGGAACCGUCGCCGACCGCCUCUUCGUCGCCGAAACAAGAAUCUCACCACGACGACCAAGACGAUGACGACAGUAUAGACGUGACCAACGAAGAACCGGAUACGUCUGACAACAACAAAAGGGCGUCGUCUUCACCUCCGGCAGUUCCGAUACCUCUAACCCAACAUCAUUCGAUGUACGACCAUCAUCCGUCAUUCUACCCCGGUCUACAUGAGAACGUUUACGAAACGUCCGCCCGUCUGCUUUUCAUGGCCGUCAAGUGGGCGAAAAACUUGCCGUCUUUCGCGUCUCUUCCGUUCAGAGACCAGGUGAUACUCUUAGAAGAAUGUUGGUCGGAAUUGUUCCUGUUGAACGCGGUCCAGUGGUGUUUGCCACUGGAAAACAACCCACUUUUCAACCCGUCAGAUCACGUGGCGGCCAUACCUAACGGCAAAGCCAGCCAAGUGGCGGCCGACAUCCGCGUACUCAACGAAACCCUACGCCGGUUCAGGACCAUCAGUGUUGACCCGGCCGAGUUCGCGUGCAUGAAGGCUAUCGUUUUGUUUAGAGCCGACACACGGGGAUUGAAAGACCCGAUACAAGUGGAGAACCUGCAGGACCAGGCGCACGUCAUGCUCGGUCAACACACCAGGAACCAGCACCCCGGCCAGCCUGUCCGGUUCGGUCGGCUGCUGCUGAUGUUGCCGCUGCUGAAAAACGUGCCAGCCGCCAGGAUCGAAGCCAUAUUCUUUCAGCGGACCAUCGGCAACAUACCGAUGGAAAAAGUCUUGUGCGACAUGUACAAGAACUAAUGGCAUGAUAAUAGACAGCGGAUGAUAAUAUUAUUAUAAUAACCUUUAACACGCGCCUAAUGAUAUGAUGUAUAUAAUGCAAUAGGCUGCACUUUGUAUAGAAUAUAGAUACACUUUAGUGGUACUUUGUAUAAGUAGGUGGAACAUGGUUGGUAAUCACUCGGCACUCAUCAUCAUAUUACGCCCUAUUUGGACCAAUUCAAUAGGAUAUAACGUACCUAUACCUAAAAAUUAAUAAUCAUAUAUUUAUUAAAAAUGUGUUUAGAUUUCAAAACAAAUUAAUUUUUUUACUAUUUAAUACAAACUUAAUGUGAACGCUUAGAAUUUUAGUGAUAAUUUCCACUUAACCAUCGAUAUUCUAAUAUAAUAAUAACGAUAUCUACCUACCUAUAUUGUUGUAGGUACGAGGUAAUUAAGUGGCUUAGCCAGGGAGUUUACAGCACUACCAGAAAUUUCAGGAAAAUGGUUUGUUGUUUUGUGAAAGUAUUACGUAACUACAUAAGGCGCAGCAAAGGUUGCAGCGAAUAUGUCUAAAGUGUUAUGAAUCGCAACGGUUCUUUUUAUAUCCGCGCACAACAUACACAUUUUCAAAAUGUUCAUUCACUUGCGAGCGGUAGGCAGUGUCGGACCUAUAAUAUGCUUUUCAAUAAAUGUGUAUAGGUACGUUAUUAUUUGUAAUUAUUUAAAGGUUAUAAUUUUUUCUAGAAACUAAAUUAAUAUGAAAAAAUAUGCAUUUAUUCCAAAAAAAAGUAAAAUUGAAUAUUUAAUUUUUUUUCAAUUUGUUUAUGUCAAAUUGUUAUUGUUAUUAUUAUAUUUGUUAUUGUGGUUUAAGUAAGUACCUAGACUUAAACGGUUAUAUUGGUAUCCUAUUCAGUCUCAAAUUAUUCUAGUGAUUACCAUACGCAUGUUUAUUCACUUAAUACAUAAUGUUAAGUGUUAACAUUUAUUUUAAUUUUUUUUCUCCAGAAAAAAAUUAUUUCUUUUGCGAGAUUUGUAUUGUGUACGACCUGUGACCUGAUAAGAACCGCUGGCAUACCAAACUUAUGUGGGAUUCUAGUUAAGCCUCCCAUAAACAAAAAUGUAUUCUUCCAUCAACACCAUUAACGCAAAAUUUGACUGUAUGCAAAAAAAUCCUGACUGCGUAUGCCACUGCUAUAUGAUACCUGCCGUUUACCAACGAGAACGUGACUUUUAGCUAUUUUUAUUUUUAUUUUCUUUAUCUGCCAUGUGAUGUAUUAUACGUGUAUAUUAUUAUAAUAAGUAUAGCUAAGUAUAUGUACGCAUUUUACGUGUACAUGUCGCACAAUUAUGUUGUUAGCGAUGUAGUAAGGUACCUAGGUAUAUAAUAUAGUAAUAGACAGCAAAAUAAACUAUGCAAUAUGCAUAAAUCAAAUCUAUAGGCUAUAGCUAAUUGAGUCUUUUAGAUCAUUCAGUAAAAACAUCAACUUCUUGACCCGUAUUAUUAUUACCUAUGGACAAUGGUAUUUUUGCACAAUAUUAUGCAGUGUUAUUGGUUAAAAAAUAAAUUUUAAUGACUACUUCCAAUUUCAUACAAUGUACACCAUAGUUCCCCAUCAUUCGAUAAGAUAUUAGGUAGGUAUCUAAAGAGUUGUGUACAAUCGUAAUGUAAUAAUUAUCGAUAUAGGUAAUAUAUACCUGGUAUUUCAUUCUUAUACCGUUCUCUUUAUGUUAAUAAAUAAGCCUACAGCCAUUCCCAUGGGAAUUUGAAAUCCUAAAAAAAUCCCAAAUUUUUUUAAAUUUUAAACAAGUUUUGAAACAAAAAAAUAUUUUUUAAUAAAUUUAAUAAAAAGUUUGCAAGGAUUCCACAAUUUCAAGUUGUAUACAUGGACUUUUAAUUUGAAAAAAGAAUUAUUCUCAUUUAAAUUUUGUAGUCUCAACUUUAACGUUGUAGGCACAGAUCCGCGAGUUCGGAAAAUUACGAUUAAUAAUAUUAGAUUAAUUAAAAACCUUGUAAGUACGUUACUAAAUUAUUUUUUUAAAUAAAAAUUUAAAAAUACCGGUGUUAAGUACCCUAAAUUAUAACUUAAAAAUUGAAAAUAAUUACCUUAAAAUUGAAAAUUGUCAAUUAAAUAUUAAUGCAAAAUAAAAACUUAUUAUUCUGCCUCAAAAAUACAUGAAACGUAUAAACGUAUGUUAUAAAACGAGUAUCUCCUAACUAGCUUUGAAAACAAUGCAAAGUGCAUUGAGAUUUCAGCCCUAAUUAUAAACUUAUAAAUGUGCACCAUAAACUAUACUUAUUAGUUACUUGUCAUUUUGUUUAAACAGUAAUUACGAUAAAUUAUAAUUUUACCUACUCAUUCGAUUUUUAUCAACUCACAGAGUCACAGACUUCUAUAGUUACCAAGUAUACCUUUUUUUUGUGUUACUGUAUGUAGUUAAUACACUACGUAAUUGUACGUCUGUACUGUGCAAGUAUAAAUGUAUAUUAUUAUAGUAUACUCAGUAUAGAAGUAUGUGUUUAAACUCAUACAUGUUUCUUCAAUCAUAGUAUGAUAUAUAGUUAUUAAGUUAAUAGAAUGUCUAACUCACUGUAUUCAGUAUUCACAUUGUGUUGUUGUAAGUAUAACAACAUUUAUUUACAUACAUUUCAAUUAAAUUAUAAAAAAAAAAAUUAGUAUGCAUUUAUUUUAUAUGUACGUAUUAUGUACUAAUUUUAUAAUAAUAUAAAAUCAAUGAUAUUAUUAUAUUACCUAUUAUAUUAUUAUUAAGCUUUGUUGUUGUUGUUGUUGU